AAACCAAACAAAAAAAGCAAAACAAUCACAUAAAAGAACCCAAAGUGAAAAUCGAACGAUUUGUUUAAAAAUAUUUUUGUAAGUAAAACGCAAUGCUCAAUGAUGUUUAACAUGAUUCUGUUGGCUGUCGUGACCUUGUUGCUGAAUGGAGGUGGAAUCUCCCAGUGGAUGCCGUUGGCCGAAGCGAAUAGCUGCCGCAAACUGGACGCCUGCCGAUGCGAAUACCCCGAUGGAAGCGGCUACGAUCUGAGUGAACUACUGGACAUACGCGACAAUUAUAUGAUGACUCAAGAUGCUGCUACCCAGGACUGGUACUACUUUCAUCCUUGUUCAGAUAUUAAGUAUCUGAACAGUACCGAAGCUCCCUGUAGCCAAGGCAAAGGCUAUACGCUCUGUCGUCGUCAUACAGUAAAUUCAACAGACACAUUUCAGAAACUCGGAACGACAGAAACUAGUAGUUUUAGCAGUGAUGCUGAUAAUAAUCAGGAAUAUCUAGUCUAUAAAACUGCCGAUUCUGAAGUUACCACGAUACAGCUUGUAUGUGUGAAAAACACGAAAUCUUAUAUAUUCGUCGAACAAGACACAGUUCUAAAAACGGCGAAACAAGUAAAUAUUUUACUAUUUUCACCGUAUGCGUGCAUUACGACCAUCGAAGAAAUUAGCCAAUCGAGCGUAGGACAGGUUCUGCUGAUACUAUUCUUUACCGGAACCUUUGCCUAUUUCACGAUUGCGUCUAUCGUUCGCUUCAUGUACUUCGGCGCGCGCGGCAUCGAAGUAAUUCCGAAUCUACAAUUCUGGCAGGAUCUGCCAGGCCUAGUGAGGGAUGGAGCCAACUUCAUCCGAAACGGUUGCCGUGUCGAGCCCUCACCAGAUCCGGAUUCGUACGAUGCCAUCUAGAUAGGGUUGACAACUUAAAAAAUACCAAAAUUUCAACCAACACUAUCUGAAAAAUCCAGAGCUUUUUCAAAACACCUGCUGGAGGCCAAAAGUUAGUUUGAAGCGAGCUAAAGUUGAUCAUCACAGAUUUCGAUAUCGAUGUGUUCCGAAACGUCUUGCUGUUUUUUUAACGGUAACCUUUUUCGAAAAUGUUAUUUUUUUCUGUUGACUGGAAUAUUAUAUGAGUGAUGUACCAAGUAA